UCGCUGCCUUCUUUCUUGAAGUACUGCAGAGGCACAACUGCAACGUUAAAAAAAACCCUCCCCGGCAGUUUCUACCUCAAUCCCUUUCAUUCAGCUGUGGGAUACCAGCAAAUAUCUGCAUACAGCUAGUUUUGUGCUAUGGGUACUCAAUCCUAACAUCCACUCUACCUCUUUUCUUCAGCGACGAAUGAUCACCGCCAUUGAAGCUGACAGUCUUAUGCGGUGAUCUGCGCCCACUGCGAAACUCCCACAAUCCCGCUGGUAACUCCCGCUCUGGUCGCCCGCCCCGGACGAGAUGGAUGACGCAUACCAGGACAGGACUUCUUUAGUGAAGGGGGCCAAGGACAUCGCCAAGGAGGCCAAGCGGCACGCGGCGAAGAAGGUGAACAAGGUGGUGGACCGGGCCGCGGACGAGUACACCCAGCGGUCCUACAGCCGCUUCCAGGACGAGGAGGAGGACGACGACUACAACUACCGGCAGGAUGGCGACUACGCGGGGGGCGCCAACGACGACGAGGGCUCCAGCGACGCCACGGAGGGCCACGACGACGAGGACGAGAUCUACGAGGGGGAGUACCAGGGCAUCCCCGGCGAGGGGCACCCGAAGGGCGGCCAGGUGGCGGCGGGGCAGCCCGUUUCGGACGGGCUGAAGGACCGGCGCGAGCUGGAGACGGAGCGGCAGGCCGACGAGGAGGAGCUGGCGCAGCAGUACGAGCUGAUCAUCCAGGAGUGCGGGCACGGCCGCUUCCAGUGGCAGCUCUUCUUCGUCCUGGGCCUGGCGCUCAUGGCCGACGGCGUGGAGGUCUUCGUGGUGGGCUUCGUGCUGCCCAGCGCCGAGACGGACAUGUGCGUGCCCGACUCCCGCUCCGGCUGGCUAGGUAGCAUGGUGUACCUGGGAAUGAUGGUGGGCGCAUUCUUCUGGGGGGGCAUGUCGGACAAGGUGGGCCGGCGGCAGUGCCUGCUGAUCAGCAUGUCGCUCAACGGCUUCUUCGCCUUCCUCUCGUCCUUCGUGCAGGGCUACGGCUUCUUCCUGCUGUGCCGCCUGAUUGCCGGAUUCGGGAUCGGAGGAGCCGUGCCCAUCGUGUUCUCCUUCUUUGCGGAGACGCUGGCGAGGGAGAAGAGGGGGGAACACCUGAGCUGGCUCUGCAUGUUCUGGAUGAUCGGGGGCAUCUACGCCUCCGCGAUGGCCUGGGCCAUCAUCCCGCACUACGGGUGGAGUUUCAGCAUGGGGUCGGCGUAUCAGUUCCACAGCUGGAGGGUGUUUGUGGUGGUCUGCGCCCUGCCCUGCGUCUGCGCGGUGGUGGCGCUCACCUUCAUACCCGAGAGUCCCCGCUUCUACCUCGAGGUGGGGAAGCACGACGAGGCCUGGAUGAUCCUCAAGCAGAUCCACGACACCAAUAUGCGAGCGCGUGGGCAGCCAGAGAAAGUGUUCACGGUGAACAGAAUCAAGAUCCCGAAGCAAAUAGACGAGCUGGUGGAGAUGAAGUCUGAGACGGGCAACCCCGUCUCGAAAGUGCUCUUCCGAGUGAAGGCCGAACUUCACGGGAUUUGGUUGACCUUUCUGAAAUGCUUCAACUACCCAGUGAAAGACAACACUAUUAAACUUGCCAUUGUAUGGUUUACACUGUCCUUUGGGUUCUACGGCCUGUCCGUCUGGUUCCCCGAUGUUAUCAAGCACCUGCAGGCGGACGAGUACGCCUCCAAAGUCAAGACCCACGCCAACGAGCGAAUCGAGGACUUCACCUUCAACUUCACCCUGGAGAACCAGAUCCACACCAACGGGGUGUUCAUCAAUGACAGGUUCGUCAGCAUGAAGUUCAAGUCGGUCACCUUCAUCGACUCCACCUUUCAGAACUGCUACUUUGAUGACGUGACGUCUGUGGGUUCCUAUUUCAAGAACUGCACAUUCAUCGAAGCUUUUUUCUACAACACGGAUAUUGACGACUCUAAGCUAAGGAACUCAGAGGUGAUAAACAGCACCUUUCACCACAACAAGACCGGCUGCCAGAUGACGUUCGACGAUGACUACAGUGCCUACUGGGUCUAUUUUGUCAACUUCCUGGGAACGUUGGCGGUAUUGCCGGGGAAUAUUGUGUCUGCACUUCUCAUGGACAAAAUAGGACGCCUGUCAAUGUUAGGCGGGUCCAUGAUCCUGUCAGGGAUCAGCUGUUUCUUCCUGUGGUUCGGGACCAGCGAGGCCAUGAUGAUCGGCAUGCUGUGCCUGUAUAAUGGCCUGAGUAUCUCCGCCUGGAACUCCCUGGAUGUGGUCACUGUGGAGCUCUACCCUACAGACAGGAGAUGCACAGGGUUUGGGUUCUGCAACGCCCUCUGCAAGCUGGCAGCCGUGCUGGGGAACAUGAUUUUCGGGUCGCUGGUGGGCAUCACCAAAGCCAUCCCCAUCCUCCUGGCCUCCUCCGUGCUGGUGUGCGGGGGCCUGGUGGGGCUACGGCUACCGGACACCAGGGCCAACGUCCUCAUGUAACGCCUCGCUUCAGCCCCGCCCGGGUGUGGCAGCGGUGCAGAAGGCUUAGAACCACAGAGAUAUUUCUGUAUUUCACAGCUUAGAUCACAGAGAUAUCCCUGUAUUUCACUGCUUAAACCACAGAGACCGUUCCUGUAUUUCAUAGUUUAGACCACAGAUAUAUUCCUGUAUUUCGCAUAUUAGACCACAGAGAUAUUCUUGUAUUUCACAUCGUAGACUACAGAGAUAUUCCUGUAUUUCCCAGCAUAGGCCACAGAGAUAUUCCUGUAUUUCACAGCUUAGACCACAGAUAUUCCUGUAUUUCCCAGCUUAGACCACAGAGAUAUUCCUGUAUUUCACAGUUUAGACCACAGAGAUAUUCCUGUAUUUCACAGCUUAGACCACAGAGAUAUUCCUGUAUUUCACAGCAUAGACCAGAGAGAUAUUCUCUGCUCUGUGAAUCAAAGAUGGCGCACCACAGUUACUAUGAUCAGUUACAUAAACCCAUCACAACUUUA